UGAGGUGAGGAACCGCAGGAGAGGUUCCGGAGGAACCGGAGGCUCGGCUUUGUACUGCGGGCUUUGCCCUUUUCCAAGAGGAGCCCAGAGGACGACCGGCCUUUUUCUACAAAUACCAAAGCCAUGGCUCAGGCUUUGAAGUCAUUAAGAGAAUGCCUUGGCCUGCCACUACUGAGGAGCUCUUCACAUUCAGAAGCCCACCUGCUCAUGACAGAGGUGAUAGAGAGGUUGAGGAGAGGGAUUAUUCUGGCCCCAUCCAAUCAUCCUACCGCGUCACAGUCCCGCGGAACACACCAGAAGCACACACCGUCGCCACACAUUCAGCGCACACUGAGUGACUCCCAUCCACGCUCUGGCCUCUGUGAACUCUGCUUCUCCAGACAAGUAAACCCCAAGGAGGACUGACCAGUGCUUGAAUUUCUAAACCAUGGCCCAUACAUGUUUGGAUGAUCAAGAUACGCCAGAGUACUCAAGAGGCUGCACCUGUAGCAACAGGAUUCUUCAAGAGCACAUAGGCAUGCUGCUUCAUGCACACUCAUUUCCUAACUCACUACGUUAAAGGCUUCUAGCCUAAGCCUUUUUGUUUACCAUAUGGUCCAUUUCCUGCAGUAUCUCUUCCAUCUUAAAAACAAAUUUUCUUUAAUUUCAAAUGUAUUAUAUGGUUUGUCAUUGCAGGGAUCAGUGAUGUUCAAUGAUGUGUCCAUAGUCUUCUCUCAGGAGGAGUGGGAAUACCUGGACUUGGCACAAAGGGACUUGUACAGAGAUGUUAUGUUGGAGAAUUACAGCAACUUGGUCUCAUUGGGAUGCUUCAUUUCUAAGCCAGAUGUGAUUUCCUUAUUGGAGCAAGGAAAGGAGCCCUGGAAAGUUGUGAGGAAAGGAAGGAGGCGAUAUCCAGAUUUAGAGACCAGGUAUGAGACCAAGAAAUUCUCUUCGGAAAAUGACAUUUAUGAAAUAAACUCACCCCAGUGGAAGAUAAUGGAAAGAAUAAAAAACCAUGGCCUUAGGGGCCUAAUUUUAAAAAGUGAUUGGGAGUCCAAAAGAAAAUUUGAAGGACAGGAGGGAUAUUUAAGUCAAAUUAAAACUGUAUCUCAAAAAGUGUCCUCUUACCAAAAACACACAUCUCUAACUCCACAACAGAGAAUUCAUUUUGUGGAGAAACCCUAUGAAUGUAAAGAAUGUGGGAAAACCUUUAGAGUACGCCAACAACUUACUUUCCAUCACAGAAUUCAUACUGGUGAAAAACCCUAUGAAUGCAAGGAAUGUGGAAUGACCUUUAGACAAACUGCACAUCUUACUCGACAUCAGAGACUUCAUUCUGGUGAAAAGCUGUAUGAAUGUAAGGAAUGUGGAGAAUCUUUCAUAUGUGGCCCAGACCUCAGAGUACAUCAGAAAAUUCACAUUGGUGAUAAGCCCUAUGAAUGUAAAGAAUGUGGGAAGGCCUUCAGAGUGCGUGGACAACUUACUCUCCAUCAGAGGAUUCAUACUGGUGAGAAACCCUAUGUAUGUACAGAAUGUGGAAAGGCCUUUAGACAGUAUGCACACCUUACUCGACAUCAGAAACUUAAUAUUGCUGACAAACUCUAUGAAUGUAAAGAAUGUGGGAAGGCCUUUUUGUGUGGCUCUGGCCUUAGAGUACAUCACAAGCUUCAUACUGGUGAGAAACCCUAUGAAUGUAAGGAAUGUGGGAAGGCCUUUAGAGUGAGACAACAACUAACGCUCCACCAGAGAAUUCAUACUGGUGAGAAACCCUAUGAAUGUAAGGAAUGUGGAAAGACCUUUAGUCGUGGUUAUCAUCUUAUUCUUCAUCACAGAAUUCACACUGGUGAGAAACCUUAUGAGUGUAAGGAAUGUUGGAAGGCCUUUAGUCGUUACUCACAACUUAUUUCGCACCAAAGUAUCCAUAUUGGUGUUAAACCGUAUGACUGCAAGGAAUGCGGGAAGGCUUUUAGAUUACUCUCACAACUUACACAACAUCAGAGUAUUCAUAUUGGUGAGAAACCCUAUAAAUGUAAAGAAUGUGGGAAGGCCUUUAGAUUACGCCAAAAACUUACUCUACAUCAGAGUAUUCAUACUGGUGAAAAACCUUUUGAAUGUAAGGAAUGUAGGAAGGCUUUUAGACUUAAUUCAUCCCUUAUUCAGCAUCUGAGGAUUCAUUCUGGUGAGAAACCCUAUGAAUGUAAGGAAUGUAAGAAGGCCUUUAGACAACAUUCACACCUUACUCAUCAUCUGAAAAUUCAUAAUGUAAAAAUAAACACACGUGAAACUGCCCAGGCCAUCAAGGGUAUGCAUAUCCGAAAAGCCACCAAGUAUCUGAAAGACGUCACUUUGCAGAAGCAGUGUGUGCCAUUCCGUCGCUACAAUGGUGGAGUUGGUAGAGAGUAUGCUGAAGUUAAGGGUUUAGAUGUCGAUUCUCUGGUCAUUGAGCACAUUCAGGUGAACAAAGCCCCCAAGAUGCGGCGUAGGACUUAUAGGGCUCAUGGUCGGAUUAACCCAUACAUGAGCUCUCCCUGCCACAUUGAGAUGAUCCUUACUGAAAAAGAGCAGAUUGUUCCUAAACCAGAAGAGGAGAUACCAGUACUUCUGCGACAAGCACUACAAGCUCCCAGAACGCCCUUCCGGGUCCCGGGCAUCCCUGAAGCACCUCCCCUGGUAGCCCACCCUCAAGCCCCAAGGGUUUCCCAGCGAUCUCCUCAGCAACAGCUAGCACCCGCGCUUGCGCACUCCGCUCAGCAAUUUGGGGCGGGGCGGGCCCUCCCUACCGAAGACUACAUUUCCCACAGGCCUCUGCUCCUUGUUGCCUUCCGGUUUUCUAGCUGCCGUUGGCUCCGAGAGAUCUGGCUUAUCAGGGCUUUGCAGUUCCCCAACAGAGAAAUCUUGAAAAGGACUGACCAGUUCUUGCAUUUUGAAACCAUGGCCCAUGGUUCAGUGACAUUCAGGGACGUGGCCAUAGACUUCUCACAGGAAGAAUGGGAAUUCCUGGACUCAGCUCAGAGGGACUUAUAUAGGGAUGUGAUGUGGGAGAAUUACAGCAAUUUCAUCUCACUAGCAGAACCUUCCAUUUCUAAACCAGAUGUGAUUACUUUAUUGGAUGAAGGGAAGGAGCCCUGGAUGGUUGUAAGGGAAGGGACCAGAAGACACUACUCUGAUUUGGAGUCCAGAUACAGGACCAAUACUUUAUCUCCAGAAAAGGACAUUUAUGAAAUAUAUUCAUUCCAGUGGGAGAUAAUGGAAAGAAUUAAAAGCUAUAGUCUUCAGGACUCCAUUUUUAGAAAUGAUUGGGAAUGCAAAGGCAAGAGUGAGGAGCAAAAGGAAUCACAAGGGGGAUAUUUUGGGCAAGUGAAAAUUACUUCUGAAAAAAUGACCACUUACAAAAAGCAUAAUUUUCUUGCUGAAUAUCAGAGAGUUCAUAAUGGAGAAAAGUUAUAUGAAUGUAAGGAAUGUAGGAAGACCUUUAUUCGUCGCUCAACACUUAGUCAACACCUGAGAAUUCAUACUGGUGAGAAACCUUAUAAAUGUAAGGAAUGUGGGCAGGCAUUUAGACAGCGAGCACACCUUAUUCGACAUCACAAGCUUCAUACUGGUGAGAAGCCCUAUGAAUGUAAGGAAUGUGGGAAGGCCUUUACAGUGCUCCAAGAACUUACUCAACAUCAGAGACUUCAUACUGGUGAAAAGCCCUAUGAAUGUAAGGAAUGUGGAAAGGCCUUCAGAGUCCAUCAGCAACUUGCUCGACAUCAGAGAAUUCACACUGGUGAGAAACCCUAUGAAUGUAAGGCAUGUGGGAAGACCUUUAGGCAGUGUACACACCUUACUCGACAUCAGAGACUUCAUACUGCUGAGAAACUCUAUGAAUGUAAGGAAUGUGGGAAGGCCUUUGUAUGUGGUCCCGACCUUAGAGUACAUCAGAAAAUUCAUUUUGGUGAGAAACCUUAUGAAUGUAAGGAAUGUGGAAAGGCUUUUAGAAUAUGCCAACAACUUACGGUCCAUCAGAGUAUUCAUACUGGUGAGAAACCCUAUGAAUGUAAGGAAUGUGGGAAGACUUUUAGACUAAGGCAACAACUUGUUCGCCAUCAGAGAAUCCAUACUCGUGAGAAACCCUAUGAAUGUAUGGAAUGCUGGAAGACCUUUAGUAGUUACUCACAACUUAUUUCACAUCAGAGCAUUCAUAUUGGUGAAAGACCUUAUGAAUGUGAAGAAUGUGGGAAGGCCUUUAGGUUGCUCUCACAACUUACCCAGCAUCAGAGUAUUCAUACUGGUGAGAAACCUUAUGAAUGUAAGGAAUGUAGAAAACCUUUUAGACUGCUCUCACAACUUACUCAGCAUCAGAGUAUUCAUACUGGUGAGAAACCUUAUGAAUGUAAGGAAUGUGGUAAGGCUUUUAGACUUUAUUCAUUCCUUACUCAACACCAGAGAAUUCAUACUGGGGAGAAACCCUACAAAUGUAAAGAAUGUAAGAAGGCCUUUAGACAACAUUCACAUCUUACUCAACAUCAGAAAAUUCAUAAUGGAGUUUAAUACAAGAAAGCUUUCAAUUGUACAUUAUGUUAUAGGAUCUCUAAAUCAUUUUUGAGGAUUUUGCUUCAUGAUUCAGCUAAGCAUAAGAAAUUUUAUAUUACUGACAAAAUAUGUUGCUUUAAAAGCCUUCUAUCACCAAACAUUGUUUAUCUUCCACAAGUUGGUAUGAGGGAAUAAUACAAUGAAUGUAGGAAAAUCUUCAGCCUUAUCUAUUAUUAUCCCCAUUUCACUCCUUUAUUAGCAGUGUGUUAUUGGACAAGGUACUUAAACUUCUGUGCCUCAUUUUGCUCACUUGUAAAAUGGUGAUAAUAGUACCUAUGUAUAUUAGCUAUUUAUUGCUGUGUAAUAAAUUGCCACAAACUUAGUAGCUUAAAAUAAUACACAUUAUCUCACAAUUUCUAUGGGUCAGGUGUCUGGGCAUAACUUUGGUGGGUCCUCUGCUUCAUGGUCUCUCAAAAAGCUAAACUAAAGGUUUUAGCCGGGGUGGGGUCUCAUCUGAAGGCUCAACAGGGGAAGGGAUCCAUUUCCAAUCUCACAUGGCUGUUGGUUUCUAGCUGGCUGAAGGCUGACCUUAGUUCCUUGCCACAUGGGCUUCUUCAACAUGACUGCUUAUUAAGUGUGCAAGCUAAGAGUGCAGUAGUCUACUAGCAUCAUAGAAGCAGUAAUCUUGUGUGACCUGAUCACCAAAAUAAUACCUUUUAGUCACCUUUGCUGUCUUCUACGGGUUAGAAGUUACUGUGUCACCCCACAUUCAAAAGUAGAGGAUUACACAAGAAUAUGAACACCAGGCUGUAGGGACCAUUUCAGAGUCAGCCUGCCACACUGUGUAAUAGGAUUGUCUUACGGAUUAAGUAGUUAAUGCUUGGAAAAAUAGCAGCUACAUAGCAUGUUUUCUGUAAAUAUUACUUACAGUUGUUAUCAUUAGUAUUAGUGAAUUCAUAUGAAAGGAAUUUACUGUAGAAGUAGAAAAUGUAGAAAUGCCUCACAUCAUUGCUCAGCACUUACUAAACUUAAGAUAAUUUAUUCCAGAUAAAAUCUAGGUUAUAUUGAAUGCAAGGAUUUCAUCAUUUGAGCCGCAUCUGUCAUUUCAUGCUUAAAAGAAACCUUACAGAUUUCAUGAUUGUGAGGUUAAGCACACAACUAUUAAAGAAUCAGAAAAAUAUGAAAUUAUUUUCCCGUAAUAAAUUCCAAAAAGUAAAUGUUUUGGAAUUCCUGUUGUGUGACCACUGUUAAAGAUUAAUUAGAAACAUCAAAAAGAUGGCAGAAACUAACCAGUUGGAAAUUUAAUAUUGUGUGUAUAUGUGCACCUAUGUGUGUAUGUUUGUAUGUAAAAGUCAUAUGAAAGAAAGAUCAUUCCAUUACAGGCAGUAUACGGUUUGAUGCUCAAAUUGCCCCAUCAUCAACCAGUGGGAGUUGAGUCAUUUGCCAUGACCCCACUUGUAGUUUGAUAGUUUACUUGGUUACAGCUGCACUGUUUGGUCAGCAAUCGAAGAUGCUUGGGCACCAACUCAUUCUGAAAAUUGAUAAGGGGGAAAAUAAGCAUUUCUUUUGCUUUUUCCAUGUGAACCAACUUUCAGGGCCACCAAAAGCUCCUCAAAUUAAAAUGGUUUUGUUUUGUUUCAUUUGUAAGAAUCAGUAAAUACAGAAAGAAUGAUAGGAUCAGAAAAAUUACUAUUUUCUAGUUCCCUAAUGGAAUAAUGGGUCCAGAAAAUUAUCUUUGGUGGAUAUUAAAACUAUUGGGUGAAAUAUUUUAUAGUGAGAACUUUGCAGUGGAUUUAUCAAGCUGACCACCUCUGAAUCCUUUGAUCAAUUUUAACCUCUAUAAAAGUGGGACUAUCAGAUAAUAUCCACAUCCUGAUAAAAUGCAAUAGGAAAUACCACUGCCUACGAAGGCUUACUGCCAAAACAGUGAACUGAAGGAAGCAAACCUUUGAAUCAAACUCUUUAAAAAUGAGAAUUUGGGGGAUAGAGGAACAGAGUUAAUGGCACCAAAAGGAAGUAGCCAAGCAGAUCCAGAAUGUGUAAAAUUCUACAAAACAAGUGACCCUGAUUUCUUCAACUAAUGAGUGGCAUGAAAAAGAAAAGGGGAAGAGCAACAGUUACAGAUUGAGAGACUUCAGAGAUCGAUCAACUAAAUUCAGCAUGUGGGCAUUGCUUGGACCUAAUUUGAACAACAUGUACAAAGACAUUUUGGAGACAGUGGGGAAAAUGUGGAUGUGCAUUGAGUAUUAUUUGAUAUUUAGAAAUACUAAUUCUGUUAGGGAUGAUAAUAUCAAUGUGGUUAAAAGAGAAGAGGUUCUAUGUGUUAGAGAUACAUAUAUAUUUAAGAAAUGGUAAGACACUAGAUUUGCAUUUGAAUACUUCAGGAAAAGAAAAAAGAAUUGGCAAAGGGAGCUGGGAAGUAGAUUGGCAAAAUGUUGAUAAUUAUUGAGGCAGAGUGGUUUGUAUUGUUUUUUGGUUUUUUUUUGUUUUUUGUUUUUGGGGGAGUUCAUUGUUCUAGUAUUUCUACUUUACGUGUUUGAAAGUUUCAGUAAUAAAAUGUUUAAGAUCAAGACUGAAAUUUAUAGACUGCUUAGAAAUGAUUGUUGUUAAUGAGAUGUGUGCAUCUAAACUUGUCAGAUGUCACCAAAGUUCUGUUCUGUGAGAAAUUUGUCCCCUUUAAUGCAUUGUAAGGAAGUUUCAUUUGUGGACCUAGUCUUCAUCUUCACCUUAUCCAUAGCAGUCAACAGGGCCUGUCACAUAAAUACAUGUAUUAAGGGAGAGUGCAUACUUAAUGUCAAGAAACCAGACACAGAACAGAAAAAAACCUACAAAAGAGAAGCAAAGCUCAACUAAAAACAGAAAUUAAGGACUAGACAGUAGUAGAUUUAAUCCAGUACUAAUAAUGAUUAGAUUUUGGGAAAUCUAAUCAAGAAGAAAAUGAAAGAUAAUGCAUUUAGAACAUUGACCAUGAUAAAGAUGAUGUAGCUACAGAUUAUUAUUAUUAUUAUUAAGUUUUAAUUGCAAUGCAAUACUAUAUAUCGAUAUCUAUAUCUAUAUAGAUACAUAUAUGCUAUAUGUAUUCCAAUACCUAAAAUAUAGGGGGUUACUUUUUUUUUCUGUAGGAAUAGUUUAUGACAAUUGACUUAAAUAGACCCAACAAGCAAAUGUGUGUGUGUGUAUAUGAACUCCCUGCUUAAGAAAAAGUUUGAUAGUUGUGCAGGUAAAAGCUUUAAGAAAUAGAUAAUCCUUCACAAAAUUCUACCAGUUAAUUCUGCACAGCUAAAAUAAUCCUGAUACAAACCUAAGUGAAGAUAGCUCCUACAAAGCAAAAUCUAGACCAGCUACAUUUAUGAAGAUUCAUCUUAAUUCUAAAUAAGAUAUAUUUAGAAUUACAAAAUCAGUCUUCACUAAUAGAUCCAUGUGUUUGCCUUUUCCAAGUCUCAGAUAUCUCCAGAAGAGCUGUGUUUAACAGAGUGUAAGGCCUUAACCCAAUGUUCUCCACAAACUUGUUUUGGGGUAUUCUAGUCCUUGAUGAUAUUUGGGGGAAAGAAAGAUUUCUUGGGGAAAUGUGUAAAUGCAGCAAAGCAUUUGGUUGUGGGAAAAUCCAAGUACACAUCAUCAGCUUGUCAAAAGAUACAGUAAAGAGAUUUUUUUUUAAAGAUUUUAUUUAUUUAUUUGACAGAGAUCACAAGCAGGCAGAGAGGCAGGGGAAGCAGGCUCCCUGCUGAGCACAGGGGCCAUCCCAGGACCCUGAGACCAUGACCUGAGCCGAAGGCAGAGGCUUUAACCCACUGAGCCACCCAGGCACCUCAGUAAAGAGAUUUUUAUUUAACACAGUGUAUCUCGAACUUACUUCAUUGUGGAAUUCUCAUACCCAGUAUCUCUUACCAUCUUUAGAAUGUGAACCACUUUGAUAGAUGCUUCCAUUACCACAAUGGAGGUAUUCAAGAACAUCAUUUCAGACAUUAUGGUGAGUGUGUUAGCAUUGGGGUGAGGAAAGGGCAUUUUUCUUCGAAGCUCACGUCAUAUUCUGAAAGCUUCCUGCUUGGAUCUUGAGGGUUAGUGCUUUUCUAUAGAAUGUGAAAGAUUCUAGUUUGGUCCUUGAUAUGUACAUAUUAAACAUGCUUAAAUAUUCUGUUAAAUAGUAAUUAGGACAUAAAUGAUUUUUCACUGUAAUAAAAAUGCUAUAUUGAAAUUA